UGAGGAUCUCGGGGUAUAAAUAUAAUGGACUGGACAGAGAGGAACAGUCCAGACACACCAACACGCGCACACAGCUCCACUGACCAGAACUCUGGGAUUAAGACACAACCCACACACCAUGUCUCAGCCCGUUGAGGUGAAGAAGAAGAAGCGUCCUGUGAUGAAGGAAGAAGACUUGAAAGGAGCCCGCAGCAAACUGGGGCUAAAGGGCGAGCCCAAGAGUAAGACCUAUGAGGUCAUGGUAGAGUGUGAGCGUAUGGGAAAGGUGGCUCCCUCAGUGUUCAGUGGGGUGAAGUCUGGAGGAGAGACUGUACUGGAGAAGCCUAAAGCCCCAGGAGCCAGCAUCUUUGGCAAGUAGAGCCGUGGAGUGUUGGCUAUCAUCACUGCGCUAGAGUCUGGAGGAGAGACGGGACAGACGCAUCAAUGGACAAACUGCAAUGAAGAAGCCAAACUUUGCUGUUAUUGAAUGGUUUGAUACCUGUUUUUCCAUUUUCAGCACGGAAAUAGGCCCAUCUCAUUUUGAGCAGGUUCUUCAUAGUAGGGUUUGUUCAUACUUUUUCAUGACUGUUUAUGAUUGAUUGAGAAUUAAGGGAAAUUCCAGCAUCAUGGAUAUGAUAUUUGCACACACAAUGAAAAAAUAAUUGUCUCACAGAGUUGACUUGAAAUGAAAGUGCUAUCAUGAUUGCCUUACGCAGCAAUGCUGACUGAUCAUGUUAUGAUCAUGCCAUUGAUCAUGUUAUGACGUGUCUGUAACGGUCACAUUCGUUAUGCUUAGAACGAGUACCUACAGAGAGGAAGGAAACCAAUUAUACAUCACAUAAGCCCUUGAUGAAGUUAGCUUUGCACAGAAAGUUUGUGUAAAAUCAUACUCAAAACAUGUCCACAAUAACCUUUCCUCAAAAACAUUACAGUUGUGACACUGCCUGUCCAAAUCAGCAUUCUAUCUUCACUAGACUGUAGAAUUCUAUACUAGCAAUCAAAGGACAAAAAUGUGUUUCAUGAACCUUCCGGCUUGGUCAGAAACAGAGGGACAGAUGUUAGUACCAAAACAAGUUCUGUGAGCCAUUACCAAAAGCUAUGAAAUAUGGUUGACUGAAAAUACUUAUUUUGAGACUUUGUAGCCUACUUUGUAGUAACAUUAAAUUUGGCAAAUAUAAAGGCCAAAUGUAGUCUUUACUUCAAAAUACACACAUUCAAAUAUAAUUGUAUUGGUCACAUAUUUUGCAGAUGCUAUUGGGGGUGUAGUGAAAAUAUGGUAAAUAUUUUCUCUAAAUAUGAAAGUUUAAUUAGGAAAUAAGCUAGUUUUUCAUGUUCGGGUUGACCUUACUAUGAAGUUGCUCAAAUUUGUAAAUGCUGAAAUAUUUGUCUUAUGUUUUUAUAAACAAAUGAAUGACUUCCCUACUUAUUGUCACCAUUACUACAAGAUUAGCGUCUUAAACACGUGGACAAAGUCAUGUAAAAGUAGGGGUGUCAAACAUAGCGAACUUUGGUCAGCUCUGAGCUCAACUCGGGAUAACCCAUCCGGUGACCUGAAAGUGGCUCACCUUUUAGCCAGGCAAAUUUCUACAGGUUGACGUUUAUUGUAAUGAAUCUUACACUGGAGGCAGAACUAAAUUAUUUCUGCUAGAUGGGCCAGCUGCAAAGUCAAAAUUGGCUAUCAUAAAAAUGUAUGGUUAGGCAUUAAGGUUAGCUCUGUGUGUGUGUGUGUGUGAGGUUUUAAAAUCUGGAUUUAUGACUGACUGUGCCAGCUAGUGACCACUCUGCAGAGCUGCCUCCAGCACAAGUUUCAUGACAUGCCAACCUGCUAAAUGUAUAUGGGAACGAAUCCUUCACAGCUAACCUUCCCCACAGCAGUCUAACUCAGGGCUAACUUCAUUUAUCAUGAAAGGUUUGAGCUGUAAGUUAAGGACCAAUCAAAUUAGGUUCCCUCCAGCAAUUGCCGCAAAGAGUGCGCCAUCAUCCCUUCAUUCUCCUGAAACAUAUUUUGGGGCAUUUUAAGUAUUUUAUUAAUCAAAUGUGAGUUUAAAAAAAUUAUAGUAUUGAAAUGCAAUAUGACAGGAUGCAUUUGAAACUUUUGUAUGACUUAAUACAAUUGUAUCGAUAGCCAUAUUACAACUGUGUUGUGAUAAUUGCAUUGUUUGCUCUAUGACCUGUUAAUUCAUAUGCUUUGCGACCGUGAUAUAUAGGCCUAAAGGCAGAGACAAGAAAACCGUGGCAGAAUAAAACCACACCUUUGUUUUAUCACAAAA